CCUCAGCCGUCUCCGUUACUUUCACUAUGUUUUGUCUCUGUGAUUGUUGUGGCUGCUGCUGUUGUCGUUGUUGCUGCAUUCAUGCGUAAGUGUUCUAGUGUUCUUGUGUUCGGGAAUAUUUAGGGUUUCUGUGGUUGAGUAUUUCUCGAGGUGUUGCUUGUGAACGCUGUCAUUGGUUAGGUGCUUGGGGCACAAGGGUGUGUGGUGUUUCCUUGGUCCGAAAGGUUCGUAUCUUCUGUGGUGGAUAUAGCCAUGGUUGCGAGCAUGGAUGCUGGAUCGCAACACCUCGGAUAUCUUGUUGCGCCGUUCGGUGCUGCUCUGUUUCAGCGCCAGUGGCGGGGCAAGGGUGCGAAACGCAUCGAUCAAAGGUAUACCGUGAACACUCGUAGUGUAGUGAGAGGGAAGAGUCAGGGUCUCGAUUAUUCUAGGGUGAAAGAUUUGCAAAAAAACAAUCGUUUGCAUCCCCGAAAGUUCCACAGGAAGAGAAAAUCGGUUUUUCGUACCGUUCCUAGGGCCCCUUAUAACGACAACUCUUUUCUUAUGCGAGUUCGAAGGUCCGGAGGUUUAGACUGUACUAUCUCCCCCGCGCCUUCUUCUGACCUUUUAUCGUCUCCUGCAGUUUCUUAUCAUGAAUCAAGUCCUGGUGAGGAUUAUGGCUAUGGCUCAAUGACAGGCCUUAUCCGUCUUCGACCUGCCCCAGAUUGUGAUCGUACCAGUAGUAGCAGCAGAAGUAAUGUUGAAAACAACAGUUCUGCUGAUGACAUGUGUGUGGAGCCACCUUCAGUCAUUCCUUCGGAUUCCGCAGAUGAAGUGAUGCAGCGGAUAGGCAACAAUCUUAGCCAGUUCGAGAUGAUUGGCUCUUCGCCCCGGCAUUCGGAUUACGCGCUCACCGAAGCGCGCCUGACAAGGCAGGAUGCUCAUAUAGAAUUUUUAGAGAAUGAAAAUUUUGUCAUGAAAGAGCGUCUUUCCUUGAUACAGCAAGAAUCCAACGAACUUAGGAAAAGAUUUACAGGAGGUCAAACUGGUGAAUACGUGGACGAAAGUGAUGAUUCGCAGUCGUGUAUUUGCAGUUAGGCUCAGCAUGCGCUAUGUGCAUGCAUGGUUGUGCUCACUUGACCUGCGGUUUGCUUGUGUUGCCUUCGAAAAUAUGGUAGCAUCGAGGAGCUCGCGGAUACAUAUCGGGAUUCGUUCGUAAAGAGCAAGCCUGUUUCUUGGUGAUGUCUAACAUCAUGUGGACUUCGCUGUCACGUACACGAUCUCAAGGUUGCUACUGGUGUGACUGAGCUGGUAAGCCAACACAUAAACUUACGCAGGGGAUUGUUAGACAUCCAGUUUUGUAUGUAUAUGUACAGAUGUGGGAAUUUCCAUAGGUGAAAUUGAAGCGUAGUUAGUGAUGUAAAUUUCUUGAGAACAAGAGCCAUUUAUCAUGUAUUGUACUUUCACUUGGAUCAAUGGAACAUAUUGACUGCUUUGUUGCAACGAAA